AUGUACCAACCAGGGGCGUCCACUCAAGCGGUGCAGCUCAAUAGUAACACCUGUCACUCUGCCACCCGUCAUCCCGACACCCGUCAUCCCGACACCCGUCAUCCCGACACCCGUGUCACCCCGACGCCUGUCACCCCGACGCCUGUCACCCUGAAACCUGUCACCCCGACGCCUGUCACCCCGACGCCUGUCACCCCGACGCCUGUCACCCCGACGCCUGUCACCCCGACACUUGUCCCUCUACCAGCCGCCACUCCGACACCUGCAACUCUACCACUUUCCAUUCCACCAGCUGUCAACAUAAGACCUGCCUCCCCUCCACCCGUCGCUCUGCUUCUUUCCCUUUCACUGGUUGCUACCUUCCAUCCUCCACUUGCCACUUCACCACUCACCCCUCGACCACCUCCAACCGCCGCACUUCGUGCAACUCUACGUGCUUCUGUAUCGGUUCUUACGACUUGA